CUCGAGGUUAGCCCGUGGAAACAUCAAUUCCAGUUCCUGCGCUAUGAAAGCCACAUUGAGAUCAGUCGCAUCACUAUCGAAAACUCAGGGCUGACUUAGAGACAUAAUCUAGAAUCAGUAUGGCAUGCCAGAUGAUGCAAUUCGUUCUAUCAGUGACCGAAGGGACUUAAUAUAUGUACAUCCCUUGCCUUCAUCAGGCGCGGGACGCAAAAAGCAGGACCCCCGCUACCUACAGUAAAUCAUAAUUCUCACUUCAAAACGAGAUCCUCUUAUGGCUCGACAUCUGGACUACACUCCACUACGUUGUCGUUGAAGAAAAGCCAUGGCGGCGCAAGAAACAGCAUCGGGCGAAGGCCUAAUCAUCAUCCACGCAGCGCUCUACCGGAUGGCCACUCGGUCUCUGGCCGAAGCGUACAGGAUCCUCGGCUACAAAGCCCACCACGCCCACGACGGCGACGUCCUCGAGCAGCGCUGGGACAUCAUCGAGCAGGCGGCCGAAGCCACCUGGCCGUUCAUUCCCGGAGCGCAGCCCCGUCCUCUGUUCAAACGCGAAGACUGGGAGAAGCUCUGGGACCCACAGUACGAGAUCGUAACGGACAUCGCGUCGCCCUUCGCCGACCAGCUCGUCGCCAUCUACCCGCACGCCAAGGUCAUCGUCGUGCAGCGCGACUUCGAGUCCUGGUGGCCGAGCUACAAGUCCGAGUGCGUCGACUCCGUCUUCGACCCCCUGCGGCGCGCCCUCCUCUUCCUGCUCUGCCACGUCCUCGGCAACCGCGCCGGCCCCGCCAUUCGGAAGGUGCACAUGGGGUUUUUCCGCGCCGGCAGUCCGGCUGAGAUAGAGAGGAAUGCGCGGGACGGGUACGAGAGAUACUUCCGAAGGAUACGCGAGCUCGUGCCGCCGGAGCGCAGGCUCGAGUACAAGAUCGGCGACGGGUGGGGGCCGCUGUGCGCGUUUCUCGGCAAGGAGGUGCCGGAUGUGCCGUUUCCGCGGCUGAAUGAUCGGAAGGCGCAUCAUGAGAGCUCGGCGCGGAGGAAGUAUAACAUUGUGGCGAGCUCGGCGAAGAGGAUGGCGCCGUGGCUUCUGGCGGCGAGCGUGCUGAGGGCUGCGGUGUGGUAUUCUGGGCAUUAGGACUGGGUGGGUGAUGGCUGGGGAAAAAAAUUGUAGGGGGCUGUGGGCAUAUAAGUAGGCCAUAGGUUAGUAAACUAAGGACUGCAUAUAUUCCAGAUUUUAAGUAUUAGCUGUCCAAGGGAUGAGGGCAUUUGGUCGGUGGCAUCUUCAUAGUAUACUAGCCUACUAGGUAGGAAAGCCAGGGGGGUAGCCAUUGAUUUUGCGGCACGACGACACUAAAGGCUGGCCAUUUUUAGCUGUAC